CUUUAGCAUACGGUGCCGGAAAGCUCUCCACCCUGUCUACGAACAUUCUGCCACCUACAUAACCUGCGACGUCCUCCUGUGCCUUCCUUCGACUACCUCGGAACGUCGCAAAGGCCAGCUUAGCAAUUCGAAACAACCCCAACUUCUGGAUAUCCGACUCGAGAUAGCGUCACAGUGAUAAGGGACAAUGUCGGUCGAGCUCAACCCACCCGAGCUGGGCUUCAAGCGCCCCUUCACCCACGAGGUCUCCCAGGUGCUCCGCCUUCGUAAUCCCAACAGCGAUCCCGUAGCCUUCAAGGUCAAGACCACCGCUCCGAAGCAAUACUGCGUACGACCCAACUCUGGCCGCAUCGAGGCAAAUGGCGAGGUCGAAGUGCAAGUGCUUCUCCAGGCCAUGAAGGAAGACCCUCCACCAGACACACGAUGCAGAGACAAGUUCUUGGUUCAGUCGGUUGCCAUUUCUGCCGACAGGGACGUCAACAAUGUCGCGCAGAUCUGGGCCAACAUCGAGCAGUCUGCCAAGUCUAGCAUUCAAGAGAAGAAGAUUCGGGUCAAUUUUCUGCCUGCAGAUGGUAGCGGUGCUGCUGCUGCUGCUACGAACGGCGUCUCUCAUCACGAUGAAGAGCCACCUGCAUACACUUCUCCCACGCCACCAGCCGUGACUCCACAACGACCGAGCCACUCCGCGGCCAGCGAUUACAAUAAGAGUCCGGAGCCCGACUUUGCACCGUCCAACUCCACACUCGGUUCCGCAACAGCUGCCAUUUCUAGCGCCACUGGCCUCUCGCAAGCCGAACUCCAGAAGAAGCUCGACGAGGCAAACGCUACUAUAUCACGAUUACAAACCCAAGCGGCUGAGGCCACAGGACUACGGCAGCGUAAGACGGUCGGAGAUACUGCGACCACGGGAAAGUCUGGACCGGCUACAGCUUUGCAGUCAUCACCAUCAGGAGGUGUGCCCGUUCAGAUCGUUGCAGCUCUGUGCUUGCUCAGCUUCUUGAUUGCAUAUUUCCUUUUCUAAGGGGCUGAAGUGGGCAGCAGAGAAAGGCACAUGAGUAGACGCGGAGCGUCAGAGCCGAGCAUGGGGCUCAAAGGAGACUUGCAAGCGACGAAGCAGGAGGGAAGAUGUAGACCAGGAGGCUGUCGGGAACGAGAAGGUCUUCCGAAGUAUACAUCCUACCUCUUGGGGCGGACGGGCCUCGUAGUACAUCAGGAAAUUCUGGCAUGCAUGGUCUGCGAGGGAGAUGGGGAUUGGGACUGUUCUGGCACACAGCCAGGCUACUGCUUUUCUUGUUUGUGCUUUUUAGCCAUUCAACGUUUUCACACUUUCCCUUUCAGUCGAGAUACCGCG